CUUUAACUUCGCCUUUGUUUGUUUGGGUAUUGGUACCAGCGGUUUCGUAUUGACCUUUUUUCAGGACAUCGUUUCAAAUUUACUAAUAAUUCUUCACAUUAAAAUAAAAUUUUCUUCUUACUUAUAUUUUUCUCAUAAUGGCGUGUAAUCUGUUGCGACAAGUAGGAAAAAGUUCGAUGUCGAUAAACAAUGGAAUGCUAUAUGCUGUUAGAAUGUGUAAUAAAGAUGUAAGCAGAGGACAUUCAGCAGGGCAAUCAUCACAAUCUCAAGAAGCCUCUUAUGGAGCUCCUGAAUACUACCAAUACAAUGAAUAUAGUUUUAACGAUAUUAAUAUUGAAAUGGACCAAUUGAGACUUCCACGACCUUCCAGCAAAACUCCAAAGGAUAAAAAGUAGCUCCUCUGCUAAGAAUUAUCAAUGUAAACAAAUUAGAUUAAAUAUACAAUAUCUUGUGUCAAUAAAAAUAUGUGAGAAUGAAAAUA